CGUAUGGCGGCUCGUCCGUUCAGGACAGAACUCUCUCACUUCAUCUUCCUUCCUUUCUUCCUUUCUGUCUGUCUGUCUGUCUCCCUGGUCUGGUCAGGGUCUUAACGUGCACAUUCAGAGGAAGCUGUUAUAGCGCAGGUGGCGACGUAUGGCGGCUCGUCCGUUCAGGACAGAACUCUCUCACUUCAUCUUCCUUCCUUUCUUCCUUUCUGUCUGUCUGUCUGUCUCCCUGGUCUGGUCAGGGUCUUAACGUGCACAUUCAGAGGAAGCUGUUAUAGCGCAGGUGGCGACGUAUGGCGGCUCGUCCGUUCAGGACAGAACUCUCUCACUUCAUCUUCCUUCCUUUCUUCCUUUCUGUCUACGUUUUAUUCUGUCUCCACCUGUAAGGAAAAGAGCCUUACUGUGUACCAGUACUGAAAGUCCUGUGUUUAACGAGGCACCGUCCACUGACUAGUACAAGCUACAUGGACUGAUGGUGAUACACUCUGCAAGGCGACACCUUCAGUUGGUCGUUAAACCUGCUUGCAGGAUAGGUCGUUGUGAGUUGCUGUGUGCUGGCGGACAAGGAUACCUCUCAUCUAUAUCAAGGCUGGGAGCCACGUGUGUGUGGUGGGCAGUGGAAGGCGAUGACGCGUAGCUGAGUGCUGGGAUUCCUACCUGUGCUGUGGAUCUACCUGGGUUUGCUGUGGUGCUUCUUAUUUUGAGGGAGGAAAAUACGGACGUACAUGCAUGUGAAGGGAGCAGUAAGCAAGCUGCUCGCUGCGUCAGGCCACGCCCCGGAGUAAAGAGAGAUGUGGUCAUUGACCCACACAUUCCCCACAGGAUUGAUAUUUAUCCUCGCCAGUGUUUCAAGCCAAAUAUUAGAACCAUCUGCAGUAUGUCCAGAAAUCAGGCCAGGGGAAGAUGAUCUUCCGGGAUUUGAUUUUAUAUCAAGAUUUCAACUAGACGAUGUUUUACGGGUACCUGGGGUUAAAAAAGUUAAAGGAUCUAAUGAAUUUCAAGUAGCAUAUAAAAUUGGAAGACGGGCGAGACUACGUAAAAGAACAGUAGAUAUCUUCCCACAGGGUCUUCCAGAUCAGUUUUCAUUUGUUAGCACAUUUCGUAUGAAUGGAAAGACUAGAAAAGAUAGAUGGAACAUAGUUCAGAUCAAAGACCGUAGGGGGAAUCCCCAGUUUGGUGUCAGAUUAGAUGGACGGUCAAAAAAUAUAGAAUUUUAUUAUGUGAACUUUGAAGGGAGAUUAACAACUUUAAAAUUUAAUUCAAACGCUAAAAAGCUAUUUAAUAGAGAAUGGCAUAAAAUUCAUUUUAGUGUAGGACGAGAAUACGUUGAACUAUAUUUAGAUUGUACACCUAUAUCUUCACAACCUCGUGUGCCGCCUCGACAAAUAGACGUGAACGGAGAAAUCGUGUUAGGUACCCGGGAACCAGACGGCAAGACGGUACCGUUUGAGCUCCAGUGGAUAGUUUUAGACUGUGACCCAUCAAAACCAGAACGUGAGACGUGCGACGAAUUACCCAUAUCCGAACCACGGCCGCGACGGAGGAAAAAACCGCUCGAGCAGGAAAAGCCAGCCUGUGAUGUGAAAUGCCCCCGAGGCCCUCGAGGAUAUAACGGCACCAUCGGACAACCUGGGCCUCCUGGUACUGAAGGAACGCAAGGAUUCCCCGGUCCUCCAGGACCAAUUGGUACGCCAGGGUUGCCAGGAAACGACGGGAAGGAUGGGUCUGACGGAAGGCGUGGACCUAAAGGCGAUGUGGGACCCCCAGGAGUGCAAGGCAGUGAAGGUCCACCUGGAGUACAGGGGUUGCCAGGUCGACGAGGAAUUAGCGGCAGGACGGGCUCCAAGGGUGGUGAGGGGCCUGUGGGCCCUAAAGGAGACAAGGGUGAUCAGGGUAUUCGUGGUAUAACAGGACUUCCUGGAAAUGACGGCAGACCCGGACCUCCAGGCUCAGCUGGACAAGUAUCAAAAGGUUCCAAGGGUGAACAAGGGGAGCGGGGACCUCCUGGACAGGUGGGACCGCGGGGCCCGUCAGGUCGACGAGGUGACGACGGAAGGUCUGGUGAAAAGGGUGACAGGGGUAAACCAGGAGUGGACGGCGAUCCGGGUCGACGCGGGUUUCCGGGCGUCGAUGGUAAGCCUGGACAGCCAGGACCCCCCGGACCCCCUGGAUUGCCUGGAAAAGAGGGUACGCCUGGACGAUCGUUAGAAACCAAUGAAAUAAGUCCAUUACCGGGACCCCAAGGACCGCCAGGACCCCCAGGUAUUCCAGGUAGAGUGGGACUCAAGGGAUCUAAGGGAGAAUACGGAAACACUGGAGCUAAAGGGACCAAAGGUGAACGCGGAAGUCCCGGAGUGUCUGGUGAACCUGGUAAGGAUGGACACAAGGGCGAACAAGGCGGACCUGGACAACGUGGUCAAAGAGGCUUGAAAGGAAACAGGGGCGGUACCGGACAAAGGGGGAAGCCGGGUGUAGCAGGGCCUCAAGGACCAACGGGCCCACAGGGUGACCUUGGGAAAUCAGGAGCUAAGGGCGAAAGAGGGGACCCGGGUCCGCCCGGCCGACCUGGCAACCCCGGUCUCGUCUCCCCGAAGGGUGAACUGGUAUGGGGUGAUGUUGUACAGAAAUUCCAAGGACCACCUGGAUUGCCCGGGCCCCGAGGUCGACCUGGUGCCAAAGGAGACCCGGGUCUGAAGGGGUCUAUGGGAUCGAGGGGACCGGACGGAGAUCCAGGACUUGCCGGCAAGCCAGGAGGACAAGGUGAACCGGGAUUUCCCGGAACACCCGGAAUGCCUGGAGAUAGAGGAGAGCAAGGCAUGAUGGGAAUGCGAGGUCUUCCGGGGACACCAGGGUUUGCAGGAACUCCAGGUGUGCCGGGAACAUCAGGAAAGAAGGGCGCACCAGGGGAGAGAGGCAGGGACGGACAAAGAGGCCCGCCAGGGACGGAUGGGAGACCGGGACCUCAAGGACCUGCGGGAAUACCCGGUGCCUUGGGCCACAUGGGGCCGCCAGGACCACCCGGCCCACCGGGUUCCUCUGGACCUCCGGGAGAGAAAGGAAACACUGAAUAUGCAGCUGGAUACUCUAGCGGCGGACCGGGCCCCAUAGGACCUCCAGGACCGCAAGGCCAGCGAGGUUCGGUUGGUAUGCCUGGAGAACGCGGCGCUAACGGUGAACGAGGACCAUCAGGACCUCCAGGACAACCAGGUGUUCCAGGACUGUCUGGUCCCCCAGGACCUUCAGGACGAAGAGGACUGAGAGGACAACCAGGACAGCCAGGGAUGCCAGGAGUUCCAGGAAGAAGUAUAUCUGAACAAGAGAUGAGAGAACUAUGCACUAUGAUAUUAAGAGACCAGUUGGAAGAUCUAAUAGCUGAUCUCAGAGGACCUCCAGGACCCCCUGGUUAUGGAAAGACUGGCAGACAAGGACCUCCAGGGAAAAUGGGAUUACUAGGUGAACGUGGACCACCAGGUCCUCAAGGAGAAAGAGGAUUCAUGGGACUUCCAGGGAUGCCAGGUCCCAUGGGACCACCAGGCACCAUGGGCUUACAUGGUACAAAAGGAGAUCGUGGACCAAUUGGUAAGGGCAAAGAUGGACGCCCCGGAGCACAAGGAUUGUCAGGACCACCAGGGCCUCCAGGUGAAGGCGUCAUGGGUCGGCCAGGUGAACGAGGCCCUCCAGGGGUUCACGGGAUGCACGGGCCACGCGGAGUCCGAGGUCGACCUGGCCCUCCGGGAUACUGUGAAUACUGCAAUUACGGACCGGCAGCCGCGCCUAAUUAUAUAUAUCAGCAAAGAAGAAGCAAUGUCAAGGGACCUUAAAAACUCCACAAACCUGUUAAUAAAAAAUGUGAUAAAACUAACACGCACCUGUAGCCGCAAGUCUUUCGUAUGUUUAUUUUCACCCGUCAUUUCGAAUGCUUCUUUUUAUUUUUCUAUACUAGUAUUUUCAACUGGUUCAUUAAUUUUACUCUUCUUUUUUUUACCCUUUUUCUGGAGUAGACAGAAUAAUAUUUUAACAUGUUACUUUUGUACUUACCAGUCUCUCCUUAAUGUGUUCUUCUUUUUAUUUCGAAUUACCACGUUUCUUUACUGUUCUGUGUUCUACCUCAGAUACAAUGUCUGUUCACUAAUUGCAUGCUAUUUUAAUUCCAGUUACCGAAUCUCUUGGUAGAUUUUUCUUUUUAAAGUUCUAGUUUCUUUGUUGUUCUAGAAUAGAUAAUUUCACUUCGGGUGGCACACUGGCCACUUCACCUCGAAAAUACAUAUUCAUGAGGCGUCAGCCAAUCAUCGGGGUGAGUGAGCAGUCUAGCCAGCGGGGUUAUUUUACUCACUUGCAUGUCAUUAUCAUUCUCAUUUCUGAACGUUUUGUUAUUGCGUAUCACUGCUACAGGGAGCCACAAGGUUUUGUGUUGUAUUUGAGGUUCCUCAUGAUGUUGAUUCUUUUGCGAAGUCUUAACAGCAUUGUGAGCCGAAAUUAUCACGUGAAUAACGCGAGUUUCACUAGGCUGUAUUUACAGGUGCUGCGUGUAGAAUAAUACCUGGGAAUUAUGAUGAGAGUUGUUUCCCUUCCAACAUUCAUUUGUGAUAAAAAAAUAAAUUAAAAAAAGUAUAUAAAAAGGCAUUAUUUUAACCAGGUGAUAUGAUGGAAGAUGUGUAGGCAAAGUUAUCGGUGGUACACGAAACUACAAACAGACAAAUAAAAAUAAUGCCACCAUAUUACAUGAGAAAAAAAAAACAAGUUGGCGAUCAUAGAUUAGUUUUCAUUUUUUGGCUGGUAUUUGCUUGAGGUAGACUGAACAUGACAAAAUUACAGUGUAAAAGAUUGUGCAUUGAAAAUCGGCAGUCUUAUCACCAUGACGUAUCUUCACAAGAUGUUUACCGACAGCUGACACGAGUUCUUUGGUGCUAUUUGUGGAUAUUUGUGGUGUUCAAAUGACAAACUACACAUCAUACCUCAGUACAAAAAGGAUAAAAGGAAAAGAAAUCAUUAAUUCCAGGAAAGUGUUCUAAUACAAGCAAAAUGGCGGAAAAUCACACUAACAUUUCCGUUCAUCAGUGUGGAUUGGACUAGACGAUGUACUUCUAUCUAUCAUGCAUUCUGAGUGACGUAUAGGACAUCUGCAAAUACUGUGGAUUCGACUCGGGGCUAAUAGGUCAAUCUUUUGGGUCUGGGUAGGCAUAAUUUGGGACAUUGUCUACACAGGUCAAACCUCGUAAAUUAAAGCUUGAAUAAUAAUUUUUUUUAUUCGUUUAUAUUAAUUCUUAAGAGAAUUGUUCUGCUCUGAUUAGGAUAGUCGUUUUAUUCAUUUAGGAAGUCUUGACAUACAUUUUGAAUUAAUGCCCUUAAAUAAUCCUCAGCUUAGCUAUUCUUCAUUCAUCCAUCUAUCUUGAAUCGUUAACAUUUAAGAGAUAACAAUUUUCUUUCAAUCUUGGUAAUAAAUGUUUAGUUUUUUAUUAGACAUUUGAAUCCACGAAAUGCGAACUAUUUUCAAUGUAGUAGAUAAACGUUAACAGAUGUAUUGGUUCGAUGGUUGUAGUUUCCUCCGUUGAUACUCGGAGCACCGCACUGCGCUGAUCCGUAUUUAUUACGUACGUAUAACACUGUUUGCUAUCUAAAUAUAUUUAAGCUAUAUAUAAGACCGAGACGAGCAACGUUAGGAGUAAUUAAUAAGUACUAAUAUAUAUUUAUUUAAUUUGUUAAAAUACACUUCUAGCACUAUUUACAGUUUUAGCUCUUGUUUUGUUUCUAAUGGUGUCUUCAUCCUACAGUAGACAUCCUAACUCGGUAUAUUAAGCUAAAAAUAAACUAUCACUCAGUCUUGUGAAUACUUCGUCUAGUGGAAAGGUGCAGCAUUCCAAAAACCAUCAAUACACCACAUUAAAGGCUAUGUGUUCGAUUCCUGGUCCAGAUUGUAUAAAAUAAGAAAUGAACGUUUAUGGUUGGGAAUCUGUCUGCUGAUGGUCCUGGUUAGAAAAAUAAAAACAUUGAUCGGGGGGGGGGGCGGGGGGGGGGGGGGGGGGGGGGGGGGGGGGGGGGGGGGGGGGGUGUAGAUAAUAAACAUAUUAAUCCAACGCUUAGCCAUGUAUUGCUGCCGUAAUGUCUAACACUGACAUAGACAAGUAUACAUCUGUAAUUAAAUCAAAUACAAUGUGGAACACAAAUGAGCCAAUGGUUUCUGAAAUAUUAUUGGCCUACAUUUAGUUAAAUGGCAGAAAUACUAAACGAGCAUAAUCAUGUGAUAGGAAUAAAUCUAAAUUAUUAAUUCAUAAUAAACUGAAGAACAAAUAUGUCAAAUAAACAAUAUAACAAGAUAUAUUAUUUUAAUUCGUAUAAUUUGACUUCAUAUCGUUACUAUUGUAACCAAAAAUUAGUACUGAAAACACCCGGGAAAAUAUAACACCAACGAUACAGGUUUCUAUAAAAUAUUUAGCAUAGAAAUGUCAAAGUUUUUACCUUUUGUUAUUUUUUUCAAAACGGUUAUCAAAGUUAUUGAUAUAUGACUUUGACUGACAUUAUUAAAAUAUGAAAAUGCCAACUUGAUCAAAAGUAUCGCUACGGAUUGGAUAAUAUAAAAUAUAAAAUAAAUAAAAACUUAAACAAACAAACAUGGACUGCCUACUUGGGACACAUUGCGCUUCUGGGCGAAUCCACAGCAUUUAAAAGAAUGUGCCUGCUACCGGUUUAUUCACUUCCAAUGACACACUGCCAAAUUCUUUCAACUUGCUAACUUAUUUUGAACAUUGCCCUGUUUUAUUUUUUGUAACUUAUACUUGUAAUAACCAUAGGAUGAUAACAAUAUUAUUUUGUGUGCGUAUGGUUUUGAUGAAUCUCUUAAUAUAUAUACUUAUACAUACUAUGUAUUUGAACAGUGUAAUAUGCAUUAAACCGUGUAACAUAUAGACAAUAAUCUCACAUUUGCUAGGUGCCUUAUUUGUUGGUAGUGCUUAAUCAAAAUGACUAGGCUUAGUAGAACUAGGCAGACAUUAUUGCAAUGUCUUCUCUAUUAGUACUUUUAUAUAGGAAUCGUGUAUAUUUUAAUGCUUUGUCUAAGAUAUGCAUAACAAUUGGUUUUUAACUUUUGUAUUAUGAUAUCGAUCCAAUGAAUGACUGCAAGAUCUCUUAGAUAAAUAAACUGUAACACAACGGUAAA